UAUGACUCUGAGCUUCUGGGCUUGAAGGCUUACAUGUACAGGUCGCUCAGCCGCGACUAACCUGGAUACUGGCGAUUUCUCCUUGGCUGAAGGCCCUUAAGCUUUUCUAACUUUGCAAUUUGUCGAAUACUUUGAAAUCAUAAUCAAAGAAAACACAUAUAAGCAGCGCCAUAGAGGAAACCUGCGCUUCGAAGAAUGGCGAGGGAGCGUGACUCCCGCGCCUUGUCGCCAUUCUGAAUACUAGACUAUCAAUAAACAGAAGACUGCUGGUGCUGGCGACGUAACGGCGACGUGUGCUGGGAAACAGAGCGGAAAUGGCGGAGGGCAUUGGCACCUUCGGGACGCUGUCCCGCGAUGUGCUCGAGGAGAGGCUCAUGGAGGCUCGGAGGACGUAUCGGCUGAACAUGGGCUAUGCGGGGCUCAAGCAGCUGCCUCCGGGCUUUGUGGAACUGGUGAAGAAAUACAACCCCCACAUCACGGAGCUGGAGCUAUCCAGUAACGACCUGACGGACCUGCCGGAUGAGCUGGAGGAGUUCCGCUACCUGCGCAUCCUGCGCCUCAAGUACAACCAGCUGAAGCGGAUACCGGCGGUGGUGUACAGGCUGCCGCAGCUCAUGGUGUUUGACGCUAGCGGCAACCGCAUUCAAAAGGUGGACGACGCCAUUGGGCACCUGUCGCUGCUCAAGGAGCUGGACGUGUCGGGCAAUGAGAUCACGACGCUGCCGGAGUCGCUGUCGACGCUGCCCAAACUGGAGGUACUGCAAGUGGAGAACAACCGGCUGGAGCUGCUUCCCGAGAGCCUAGGCGAGCUGCCCGGCGUGAUCAAGAUGGAUCUGUCCACAAACAACCUGCGCUACCUGCCCGCCAGCAUGGGGCAGCUCAAGAAGGUGCAGCGCAUCGACGUCGGCAACAACCUGCUCACCAAGGUGCCCCCCAGCAUGGGCCACCUGAAGACGCUCAAGGAGUUCAACCUGCGCUACAACCACCUGGACGACAGAUACAAGGCCAAGGUGGAGGAGGGACUGUCCAAGUUCCUGGCCUUCUUGCGUGAGGAGGAGGAGCGCGAGCGGCUGGAGGAGAUUGAGCGGCUCAAGCCCAUCGGCACGCCCGUGGGGGCCUACCUGGAGUACCGCUGCAAGGCGGAGGUGGGCCAGGUGGUGAAGACGGACAUGGGCGAGACGACAGUGGACAACAGGUGCUGGAUUCGCACCGGACACACGCUCACACAGGUGGGCUCCAUGCUGCUCAUCUUCGGCGGCCAGCUGCAGAAGGACGGCUCCACCACCAACGACCUGUUUUGGAUGACCAUGGACCGAAUGGAGUGGCACAAUCAGCCCUGCAAGGGAGAGAAGCCGCCGCCACGCUACAACCACGCCGCCUGCUACGACGAGGAGAACAACCGGCUGGUGGUGUUUGGCGGCCGCACGGCGGAGCGCAAGCGCCUCAACGACAUUUACUUUCUGGACCUGGACAGCUGGACCUGGUUCAAGCCCUCCACGGAGGGCACCGCGCCCACCCCGCGCGAGCAGGCGGUCGCAACCUUCUGGGCGGGAAGCAUGGUGCUGUUCGGCGGUCACGCCAUCGGCGGCCGCACCAACGACCUGUUCCUGCUGGACCUGGGCGCCUGGCAGUGGAGCCAGCCAGCCUUCAGCGGCACAGCGCCCAGCCCGCGCCAGGCCUGCGCGCUGUGCAUCGGGCACGGCAACCUGUUGUUCGUGCACGGCGGCCGCAACAACUUCGUGCUGGAGGACCUGCACGUCAUGGACUUCGUGAGCAAGAACUGGACUGAGAUCCCCUGCGAGGGCCGCGUGCCGCCGCCGCGCCACAGCCACCGCAUCACCGUGCACCGCGACCAGCUGUACCUGUUGGGCGGGCUGGACGAGCUGGGUGCGCAGUCCGUGGCCAUGUACCGCGUGGCGCUGCCGGCGGGGCAGCAGGACACGUACGCCACCUCCAAGCCCAAGUGGGUUGAGUGGGACAGUGAGCUGCCGUACAACAAAAACCGCACCGCCACCCUGUGGAACGGAACCAUCUCCAUCUACCAGCUGGGCAGCAACACGCUGGGCCGCGUUAACGACGACGAUGCGGAGAAGGGGCUGGUGUUCUGGGACGUGUUCAAAACAGCCAAGCUCGACAACCUCAAGCCGAGGCAGCUGGCGGAGGAUGAGCUGCGGCCCAAGAACGCCAAGCGCAUGCGCGUGCAGCACACCAUCAACACCGCCGGCAAGAUGCCGCGGUCCUUCACGCAGCACUCGGCACACGAGGCGCGCGUGCUGCAGUAUGUGCAGGACUUCCAGCGCAUCUUCGAGGAGCUCUACCCCUACCGCCGCCCGCUGUACCUGACGCCGCGCAACGAGUGCGGCGUGCCCAAGUUUGUGUGUACCAGCCUGCGACCCAGCCAGUUGGUGUACACGGAGCUGUACGACCUGGACGGAGCCAGUCAGUUCGUGGCGGACUUCCUCAGCUACGAGCCGCUGGAGGACCCGCUGCACCCUCCCGACACGCUGCCCAGCCCCAUGUCGGCUCUGGAGUGGCGCGCCGGCGACUCGUUCGACAUGGCCACGGUGCUGGCCAGCAUGCUGCUGGGCGUGGGCUACAACGCGUUCGUGGUGUUGGGCUACGCGCCCGGGCCCGUGGUCCAGAACGACCAGCGCAACACCGUGUGCACAGUGCUGGAGCGAGAGGCGGCGGCGGCGGCGGCGGCGGCCGCGGCGGGUGGCGCAAAGGACCUGGCAGCAACCAGGACGGGCGCGGGCGCGGUCAGCCGCAAAGUGACCGAGGCCGCCACGGCCCCCGGCGCCGCAGGCGCCGCCGCGGCGGAGCCGCGCGGCCCUCGCUACCUGAUCAAGCCCCUCGCCACCCUGCAGAGCAAGGUGCUGGCAGCCAAGGGGCUGGGCGCCACCGGCUCCUCCUUCGGCGCCGCCGGCGGCCUGCCAGCCGGCGGCGGCGCCGCCGGCGCGGACGAGGAGGACGAGGGCGCCGAUGCGGCGGAGGACGACGGAGCCGUGGGCGACCCCACCGCGGCGGCGGCGGCGGAGCCGGCGGCCGUGGCGGAGGAGGAGGAGGAGGAGAGCGGCCCUUGCAAGUUUGUCCAUGCCUGGGUGAUGGUGCUGCCUGGCAAGCGCGAGGUGACGGAGGCGAUGUUCAUUGAGCCAAGCACCGGGCGCAAGUACGCGCUGGGCGACAGCCCCUACCGCGGCAUUGAGAUGCUGUGGAACCACCGCAACUUCUGGGUGUGCAUGCAGCAGCCCGCGCCGCACAGCGACUCGCGCGCUGACCCCAGGGACGUGUCGUACGACCUGUCUGACCCCACCAAGUGGGAGCCCGUGUUCGAGGACCGCGGCAUGCGGAGCCGCGCCGACGGCAAUGCCGACGAGUCCGAGGUGGCGCGGGCGGAGGGCGGCGGCCGCGGCGUGGGCCGCCAGGACUCCUUCCGGGCUGGCGGAGGCGGCGGCCUGGGCGCGACGCUCAAGGCCGGCGGGCCCAAGACGCCCUCAGCCGCCGCCGGCAAGGGCGGCGGCGUGGGCGCCAUGAGCAUCGCUCAGCGCAUGGCGCAGCGCAACAAGCUCGCCACGCCGUCAGGCGGCGGCGGCGGCGGCGCGGGCGGCGACACGCCCCCUCGCACGGCGGAGACGGAGGGCGGCGGCGGUCUGGAUGACGGCGAGGGCGUCGAGGCGGAGGUGGUGCCCGACAUCCCGCCCAGCUGGGUGCCCAAGCUCACCAUCCCGCGCGACGCCUUCGACAUGCGCUGCCCGCGGGGCUCCAAGCUGACGCUGUACCGGCGCGCGCAGCACGAGAUCUUCGCGCGCUUCGGCGACUGCAGCCGCUGGGACGGCAUGGUGGAGCGGCUGGUGCUGUACGCGGACGAGGAGCGCACCGUGGUGACGGAGAUACGGGAGACCUUCACGCGGAGGAGGGACAAGCUGCGCGAGCGGCGCGUGUACCCGCAGAAGGACACCACCAUCGAGCACUUCAACCGCGGCAGUGUGUUCGCGCUCAAGGACAUCCUGACAGUCAAGAACGACCGCCGCGUGUUCAACUACUACGCGGCCGCGAGGCUGGACGGACUGGAGAAACGCGAGGAGCUGGAGGGCCGCAAGGUGAUCCAGUACUACACGGGCCGUGACGACCGCCUCAUCUACAUCAGCGCCACAUACGCAGUGGACCCCGCGGCGGCAGCGGCGGCGGCGGCAGCGGCGCUGGAUAACGGUGGCGGCGAGGGUGGCGAGGGCAACGGCGAGGACGAGGCCUCCAGCCGCCGCUCCACGCGCAAGUCCAAGCGCGGCGGCGACUCCAAGCGCCUGCUGCCCAUCCGCAAGAUGACCCAGAAGUUCGGGCGCAACCCGGCCCUGGACGCCGACGCAGACGUGGCCAAGCGGGUCUACUACCUGGCGGAGGGGCGGCUGCGGGUGGACUACCACUUCGGCACGCACCGCAUCACCAACAGCAGCCGCACAUUCACCAAGGACGGCCAGAGCCAGAUCGUGCAGGUGGACCCUCUGGCCCCCCGGCCCCAGCCCUCGGCGCUGCUCGAGGAGUACAGCUCCCUGUUGGUGGCGGAGAAGGACUGCCUGCAGUGGGUUCGCGACGGCGAGUGGGAGAUCAGCGAGAUCAUCCGCACGCGCACCAACCAGGAGCAGAACAUAACGCUGGAGACGCCCUACUACGACAUCGUGCGAAUCAAGGCCGAGGAGAGCGAGGAGGAGGAGGAGGAGGCGGCCGAGGCCACCUACGACUACCUGUCGCCCUUCCUGCCCACACUGCUGGGUACGCAGCAGCUCAGCCGCGGACAGGCGCUGGAGGUCCGCGAAAAGGCGCUUAAGGCACUCAAGGACCGACUCAUCGAGCGCGCCAACAUCAUCCAGGCGCGCCUGGACGAGGAGUCUGCGGCGCUGGCCAAGCGGCAGCAGACCUUCCACCGCGACCGCGACCAGAUGAGCGCGGCGGAGGAGGAGGACUACGAGCGGCAGACGGAGGAGUCCAUGUUCCGGAUCCACAUUCUGGAGCGCCGCCUGCGCCGCCACGAGGAACAGGCGCUGCACAAGUACUACGAGCUAGACGCCAAGCUGCGCGCAGAUGGGCGGCUGGCGGCGCUGCUAAACGUGUACUGAGGAGGCGGCGGCAGAGCGGAAGGGGGACGAGGAGGGGGAGGAGGAGAGGAGGAGGAGGAGAGGGAGGAGGAGGGGGAGAAGGGGGAGGGAGAGGAUGAGGAGGGGGAAGGUGAAAAGAGGUGGUGCAAGGCCGACAAGCAAUUCUGGGCGUUGCGAUGGGGCUGCUGAUGGGCCGGUAGCACCCGGCCAGGAGGGGAAAGGCGAUAGUCGUUGACCCGGGCUGUGGGCAAGCGGCAGGCGCACACGGCGUGCAGGGAUGGUGGCGUGCGUCUGUAGUGUCCACCGCGGCACAUCGCAGAGUCCGACAUCAGGACAAGCUGAGACUGCGGUUGCGUGAGGGGCACGCGUUGCCGUGGCGCCAGGAUGAGGCUCAUGGCGCGAAUGUCCAACAAUGCUGUUGAGCACCUUGAAGCUAUCCGUUUCUUUGAUCCAACCCGGUUUUGGGGGGCACAUGCGUGCAGUCCUGUCAACCUUUUUUGGUCAGUAGGCCGCAGCAGAACUUGCCCUGGUAGUCGUGUGCGCACUUCAAGGCGUCUUGCAUUUGCAUCCACACUAGCAAGCAUUUCCUGAACAGCCGUGCACAGGUGGACAACCCGUGGGGCGCCCCCGCUGGCUUUGUGCGCCGUCUUGGGACGGUUGCAUUGCAGUCAGACUAGACCUGCU